GCGCUGGCGGACGGGGUAGGGAUGCAGAGGGCGGGAGGGCUUUCGGUUUGUUUGGAUUGUGGGCGGUUCGCGCACAGCCCGGGAAAAGCGGUAAAUGGCGGCGCCGAGCGCGGGCUCUCGGCCUGCCCUGCAGCGAAAGGCGCUAAUGGCCGCUGACAGAGGGCGCAGGAUAUUGGGAGUGUGUGGCAUGCAUCCCGACCAUCAGGAAGCACUGAAAAAGAACCGAGUGGUGCUAGCCAAACAACUGUUGCUGAGUGAACUGUUAGAGCACCUCCUGGAGAAGGACAUCAUCACCUUGGAAAUGAGAGAGCAUAUUCAGGCCAAAGUGGGCAGUUUCAGCCAAAAUGUGGAACUUCUCAACUUGCUGCCCAAGAGGGGUCCCCAGGCUUUUGAUGCCUUCUGUGUGGCCCUGAGGGAGACCAAGCAGGGUCACCUGGAGGAUCUGUUGCUCACAACCCUCUCUGGUCUUCCGCAUGCACUCCCACCGUUGAGCUGUGACUACGACUUGAGUCUCCCCUUCCCGAUGUGUGAGUCCUGUCCCCCUCACAAGCAGCUCCGCCUGUCUCCAGAUACUGUGGAACACUCCCUAGACAACGGAGAUGGUCCUCCAUGCCUUCAGGUGAAGCCUUGCACUCCCGAGUUUUAUCAAACACACCACCAGCUGGCCUAUCGGUUGCGGUCUCGGCCUCGUGGCUUGGCACUGGUGCUGAGCAAUGUGCACUUCACUGGAGAGAAAGACCUGGAAUUUCGCUCUGGAGGGGAUGUGGACCACAGCACUCUGGUCACCCUCUUCAAGCUCUUGGGCUACAAAGUCCAUGUUCUACUUGACCAGACUGCACAGGAAAUGCAAGAGAAACUUCAGAAUUUUGCCCAGUUACCUGCCCACCGUGUCACUGACUCCUGUGUCGUGGCGCUUCUCUCUCAUGGUGUGGAGGGAGGCAUCUAUGGUGUGGAUGGCAGACUGCUUCAGCUUCAAGAGGUUUUUCGGCUCUUUGACAACGCCAGCUGCCCAAACCUUCAGAACAAGCCGAAAAUGUUCUUCAUCCAGGCCUGCCGUGGAGAUGAAACGGACCGUGGGGUGGACCAGCAAGAUGGAAAGAACCACACCGGAUCCUCUGAGUGUGAGGAAAGUGACGCCAGCAGAGAGGAGUUGCUGAAGACCCGACUGCCCACGCGCUCAGACAUGAUCUGUGGCUAUGCCUGCCUCAGAGGCACUGCCGCCAUGCGGAACACCAAACGGGGUUCCUGGUACAUUGAGGCCCUCACCCAGGUGUUCUCUGAGAGGGCUUGUGACAUGCAUGUGGCUGACAUGCUCGUGAAGGUGAACGGGCUCAUCAAGGAGCGUGAGGGCUACGCCCCUGGCACGGAGUUCCACCGCUGCAAGGAGAUGUCUGAGUACUGCAGUACCCUGUGCCGCCACCUCUACCUGUUCCCGGGCCACCCUCCCACGUGACGCCGUCCCCACGGCCCUGCCACGUGGAGGCCUGAUGGGGCCUCUCCCCUUCCGGCACACGGUUUCUCUUCCCCCUCAGGGAUUGGGAACCUUGGGGCUUGUGGAGCACGCCUGUCCUCCGCCUGGGCGUGCCGGGCCACAGGCCAGUCCUUCCUGUGGCGGCUCCCUCCCUGCAGAGCUGGCUCUGGCCCGACAGGCUGCGAUAGCAGAGCAGCCUGGCCGAUGAUGUUGCGAACACAGCAUCUUUACAGGGAGAGGGCAUGUGGGUUUCCCUGCCGCUUGUGUUUGCUUCCUGGCCCGAGGGCUUUGAUAGACAGCACUUUGGUAAUUGCUUUUAUUACGUUAGCUAAGACAUUUCAGAGACCAUCUCCUGUCUUUUUUUUUCUUUCAUAUUCCAACCCCAUUUAUCCCAGACUGAGAGUUUGGAAGGUGUCCUGAUUCAACGUAGACGUUUUCCAUUUUGCCUCGAAAGGGCCAACAGGACUGGCGGCACACUGCUGCCGCGGGUGUGGUCGGGACCACAAGGCCACCCAGUGGAAGGCCGGGGUUCUCUGCUCCGCAGUUGGCUCCUUUGGGCUCGAGAAGACCAGCCUCUCAGAGGUUACAGCUUGGAUACCUUAUCCCUGGAAUUUGUUGAUCUUUGCCCAGGGAAGUUCCAGAGUUUUCUUAAUCGGUUUCUCUCUCUUUGGUUACUGAGACGAACCUCAGGAGAGAGUGUUAGCAGAGGCAGAUAAGAGUGGUAUGCUUCCUCAUACGCUGUAACCUGUCACCUUAUCUUUUGCUUCCUCUGAAAUGUCCCUUUC